GUAUAUUUAUUUCUAUUAUUUACUUCUAUAUUCGUUGCCCAAUAUUGUCAGCUCCAUCUCAUGGAUCCAGCAAACCUUACAAGAGUAUCAGAAUUUCUUCUCCUGGGACUAUCAGAGGAACCAGAACUGCAGCCUGUCCUAUAUGGGCUGUUCCUCUCCAUGUACCUGAUCACUGUGUUGGGAAAUCUGCUCAUCAUCCUGGCCAUAGGCUCAGACUCCCACCUCCACACACCCAUGUACUUCUUCCUCUCCAACCUGUCCUUGGCUGACAUCUGUAUCACCUCCACCACCAUCCCAAAGAUGCUGAUGAACAUCCAGACACAGAGCAAAGUCAUCACCUAUGCAGAAUGCCUCACCCAGAUGUAUUUUUUUACACUAUUUGGGGGUUGGGACCACUUCCUUCUGACUGUGAUGGCCUAUGACAGGUUUGUGGCCAUCUGUCACCCCCUGCAGUACAUGGUCAUCAUGAACCCCCAGCUCUGUGUACUGCUGGUUCUGGUGUUCUGGAUCUUGAGUGCCCUGGAUUCCUUGCUACAAUGCUUAAUGGUGUUGCAUCUGUCCUUCUGCCCAGACUUGGAAAUUCCCCACUUUUUCUGUGAACUCAAUCAGAUGAACCAACUUGCCUGUUCUGACAACUUUCUUAAUAACAUUGUGAUGUAUUUUGCAACUGUGCUACUGGGCGGUGGUCCCCUGGUUGGAAUCCUUUAUUCUUAUUCUAAGAUAGUUUCCUCCAUACGAGCAAUCCCAUCAGCUCAGGGGAAGUAUAAAGCAUUUUCCACCUGUGCAUCUCACCUCUCAGUUGUCUCCUUAUUUUAUGGUACAAGCCUAGGAGUGUAUCUCAGCUCUGCUGGUACCCACAGCUCACAGCCAAGUGCAACAGCCUCAGUGAUGUACACUGUGGUCACACCCAUGCUGAACCCCUUCAUCUAUAGCCUCAAGAACAGAGACAUAAAGGGAGCUCUGAGAAGAUUGAUUAGGGUAUCUGGUAAAUUAGGGACCAUCAUCCUGAAUCAGAAAAUGUGA